AUGGGCCGCAUCAGCAAGAAGGUCAAGAAGACAGACAUCCUGUCUCCUGAACAUUGGCCUGAGUUCCGCUCCAUAAGCGGAUGCCUUCAGUGGCUGGUGGGGAAAACGAGAUUGGACAUCUCCUCGGCAGUCAGCCUGUCGAACAAAGGUCAGGACACGACCGAUGGAGAUUUGGACUACUUGUACCAGACCCUGCAGCACGUGAAGGACACCGCCUCCUUGGGACUGCGCCUUUUUCCUGUCCCGAUAGAUGACAGCACAAAGAUUUGCUAUGGUGGGCUUGCAGACUGGAAGAGUUCCAGAUCUAAGAGGGUAUGCAGGAGCACCCUCACGGCAGAAGCAGUUUCAGCAGACAGCGCCGCUGACCGCCUGGCCUUUCUUCGGUACACGUUGGGUGAGAUCGUUUUUGGCAUUCCAGCUCACAGAGUUGGCCCUCGGCUUCGAGCCCUGCUGGCUACAGAUUGCAAGAGCUUGUACGACAGCGUGAGCUCGCCGAGCCCUACGGUGGAAGAUAAACGGAGCCUCGUGAACAUCAGAUCGACUCAAGAGGUGGUGAAUCGAAACACCAUUCACUGGCUUCCUACCAGCCUUCAAAUGGCUGAUUCCCUCACGAAGAUCUCCAAUGAUCUUCGAGACAAGCUGAUCCAGUGGCUACAGAGACCACUCAUACAGCUUAGUCUGAUGGUUCAAAAGAAA